AUGACAAUGUUCGUCAUUGGGGGCGUCAAGGAAGAGUUGCAACCUAUUCAUGCAUUGAAGACUGGCGAAUACAUCCUGGCUGAACUGGACGCGUGUUUCAUGCCCUUCGAAGAUACGCUAGACAAUUUGAUCCACCCCUUCAGAAAAAAUGAGCCGAUAUCAUUUGUAUUCUUCGCCUCGUACGAGAUACGCGACAAUCGGAUACACUCAUUCCGGCUAGCGCCCUGGACACAGCCGACGGCUAUCGAACCGUUCCGAAUGGAUGCGGCAGCGUUCGCUAGUUCCGAAGCCGGGCAGUCGUUUAAAAUAGGAAACAGUUUCCAAGUUUAG